UGGGUCACGUGACACCAAAGACGCACCUAUAGGCCCUUAGCCUCGCCAGCCAGAGGACCCAGCAGGUAUACAGCACGAGUUCCUAUUACGGCAGCACCGAGACUCAUAUGCACCUGCGGAGUUCCAGUCAUCGGCAGCCAUGAACAGGGAAGAUAAUUACUUCACUCACGGGGUACUUUACCAAAGACCCCACGGCGAUAAUUAUAACAACAGCCCCCCACCCUGCCUUUAUAUGGGCCGACAGCCACAGUCCGUGUACGCCGCGCCUUCUCUCGGCGCGCUGGACCAGCCGACCCUUCCCGAAGUUCCAUACGAAAUGCCUCUAAUUCGGGAGGACCCAGAGGCGCCGCAGCUGCACCACUCACAGGGGCCGCAGCCACCCAUCGAGCAGGUUGGGGCUUACGGAGACGCUGCAAAUCUGGCAAUGCUCAAUCAAAGAAGUCGGUACCAGCUGCCCUUUCCCUGGAUGAAAUCAACCAAGUCGCACGCACAUACCUGGAGAGGACAGUGGGCAGGCUCCUACUUUGUUGAGGCAGAGGAGAAUAAGCGCACACGGACAGCCUACACACGUGCUCAGCUGUUGGAGCUGGAGAAGGAGUUCUUGUUUAAUAAGUACAUCUCACGGCCACGGCGUGUGGAGCUGGCAAUCAUGCUCAACCUCACUGAACGCCACAUCAAGAUCUGGUUCCAGAACAGACGGAUGAAGUGGAAAAAAGAGGAGGACAAGAAGAGGGUUAGAGGGGGAGACCCCGAGCAGGACUCUUCCAUCAGUUCUGGAGACCCUGCUACCCCCUCCUCCCCCCAGAGCACCCAACAUCCAGCCCAGAAGCCCAACAGUGGCACACAAGUACUCUAACUGGCUGGACCAGCACUGUGCAGCUCAGUGCCUUAUUGCUGGCAAUUUAUGGGUAACCAAUAGUGUUUGUGUAUUUCAAUGGCAGACUACUGGUUUGGUGUAAUAUUGGCUACAGGUGUAUCUCUGGUCUCCCUGCUGCCACACCACAUACUCCUCUCUGCUUCCAUGAUGGACAGCAGGGCAGGGACAGAUGACCCUGCAGCAAAGCUCCACCCCCGGCUGAACUUUUUCCAGUGACUAUCAAGUGGAACUUUUUGAAAUAACCAUGAAUCACAGAGGGAUGGAUCAACUACACAUCCACCAUAUAUCUAUUCAAAGUAAUAACUGUAAUAACACACAUUUCAUUCAGACAUAAAUUCUGUAUGUCAGGAUUGUAUUAGUGUGGUCUGGACUGCCUCACCACCCCACCUCCUUCCUCAACUCUUCCCAAAAUGUACUACCAACAAGUAAAUCAUAUUAGUGAAGGAGGGAGACUGGAAGAGGGAUAAGAUCUAUAGAGGUUGGUAGAUUAAGAACUAAACAAUAACAAGAUGCAAACUCCAGAUCGAAUGACUCCCAGUUGGGAUUCAAACCCUUGACAUUGCUAUCCACUGCAUCACCA